AUGGCGUCUCUAUCACAGUCCCCACCCAACUCAGCCGGCGUAGCUGGUGGCAGCCACCCGUUCACAUGCAACACGUGCCAAGUCGCAUUCCGUGAGGGCAGCACACAACGAGUGCAUAUGACCAGCGACUGGCACCGAUACAAUCUCAAGCGAAGAGUAGCUUCAUUGCCACCUCUCACUUCGGAGAUCUUCGCGGAGAAGGUACUUGCGAAUAAGGCCUCAGCAGCGGCAACAGCAGCCCGCGCCAGCUUUGAGCAGAGAUGUGACGCUUGCGAGAAGACGUACUACAGUGAGGGGGCCCAGAAGCAUAGGGUGUUGACCGUCAGGAUGGCGGCGAGAGGGGGGAAUGAGACGGAGAGUAUGGCAGAUUCGACAUUCUCCCUUGGUGAUCCGGUGGAGACGGCCAGUACGACGGCCAGCACAGUCACCGUCAAUGCAGACGACCAGGAUGCCGAAGAGGAGCUGCGAGAAGUUACAGAAGGUAUCAAGCAGACUGGCCUCGAAGGACCACCAGACCCUGUCUCUGCCCGACCCUCACGACCAACACCCUCGCGGGCUGCACAAUCGAGUGGCGAAGUCGAGGACACCAAGAUGGAGGACGACGAACAAGAAGAGGAAGAUCACAAGGCAGAUCCCAAGCAGUGUCUAUUCUGCAAUUACAGCUCGCCAAGUUUGGAUCUCAACCUCAACCACAUGUCACGCCAGCACGGCUUCUUCAUACCUGAGAAGGAUUUCCUUGUUGAUCUGCCGGGACUCAUUGACUACCUGUCUGAGACGAUCGAGGUCCUGCACACUUGCCUAUACUGUCACAAGCAACUCCACACACCCUGGGGCAUACAGACCCACAUGCGCGACAGAGGACACUGCAUGAUCGCGUACAGUACCGAGGAAGAGCAGAUGGAUGUGGGCGAAUACUACGACUUCAGAUCGACAUAUUCAGACGACGAAGAAGACGAGGACGAGGCACAGACCAACGUUGGUGUAAGUCUAGGCAUCAAGCGUGCCGCGAAGACAACCACCUCAGGCGAGAACGGCGAAGAAAUGAUCCUAGACGAAGACGAAGAAGGCUGGGAAAGCGACAGCACCCUCUCCUCCGUCCCUACCGACGAAAUCACCUCCGUCCCAAUCGACCACGAACACGACCACAAGUUCGCGAAACUCGACUUGCAUCGCCACCACUCCCACAACGACCCUCGACCCCACAAGAACACCGAUGGUUUCCACUCUCACGCUCACACAACACCCCACGCAGUCUACCACGACGACUACGAGCUCCACCUCCCCAGCGGUCGAACAGCCGGCCAUCGUAGUCUACGAACCUACUACCGCCAGAAUCUACGCAACUACCCCUCCGCCGAAGAACGAGCUGAACAGCGUCUUAUCGAGGAGAGUCGUCACGAUUCGGACGCCGAUGACGAAGAGAGCGCAAGCCAAGCUACAGAGACUGAGGGCACGGACGGUGGUCGCGGCAGACAAGUGGUCAGUCGUGCGAAUGGCGGUCUGGGUAUGAUGGGCGUGAGCGAGAUUAAGAAGAGGGAGGUUAGAAUCGCGGAGAAGAGGGAUUUGAAGCGGGCGCAGAGGCAGCAGAAUCGGUAUCAGGCCGGGAAUGAGAAGAGGCAUAAUUCUCAGAAGCAUUUCCGGGAUCCGUUGUUGCAGUAG